CCAAUGUUCACCCUCUCCGCUAUCGCCGGCGCGCUCGAGCUCACCGACAGCUCCUUCGACGAAGCCGUCUUCAAGGGAGGCAAGUCCGCCUUCAUCAAGUUUCUCGCGCCCUGGUGAGGGCACUGUAAGAGCAUGAAGCCCGCCUGGGACUCUCUUGCUCAGUCAUACAAGAGCAGCGACAAGGUCGUCAUAGCCGACGUCGACUGUACGGCCGACAACGCCAAGGCGCUCUGCGAACGCUUUGGCGUCGAGGGCUUCCCGACGAUCAAGUAUUUCAACCCGCCGGACGAGGAGGGCGAGGACUACAGCGGGGGUCGCGAUCUGGACGCCCUCAAGGCCUUUGCCGCGACGCUCGGCCCGGGCUGCUCCGCCGCCAUGCUCGACAAGUGCACCGACGAGGAGAAGGUGGAGCUCGAGGAGGUGAUGGCGCUGCCGGAGGAGGAGCGGAUGAAGCAGAUCGAGGGGCUCAAGGCCAAGAUCAAGGCCAAGGAGGCGGAGCACGAGAAGUUCGUCGAGGGGCUGCAGGCGCAGUACGAAACGUCGCAGAAGGGCGUCGAGACGCUCAAGAAGGAGGUUGCGCCGAAGAUGAAGCUCCUCAAGGCGGCCGCGGCGCCCAAGCCUGCCGCGACUGCCAAGGACGAGGUCUAGAGCGCCGCGUCCCGAUCGCACCCUCAUUCUUGAGGUAACCCUCAUCCUUCGAGCCACCCGCCGUACCUCCAAGAUGACGCCGACGUGCCGAACUCCCCGCUCGAGGGGAUGGCACGUAGGCUGAGACUAAAGAAGGGGCGGAGGGUCGAGACUUGUCUGCGGCACGCCCACGCGGGGGGGGCGGGCCUCGGGGUGGGGGGCGUUAAACGGCUCUCGUUUUUAAAUAUCUACUUU